AGCAUGGAGCCGCGGGCGGGCUGCCGGCUGCCGGCGCGGGUGGAGCAGGUCGCCAACGGCGCGCUGCUGGUCUCGGCGAGCUGCGGGGGGCGCCGCUUCGCCGGGGUCCUGCUGGACUGCACGAGGAAGUCCGGCCUCUUCGGCCUGCCCCUGUUGGCUCCGCUGCCCCAGCCGGAGGACCCCCCCGUCAACGGCUGCCACGGCCCGGCGCCCUCGGAGCAGGACGGAGAGGCGAUGCAGCUGGGGACCGGCCCGCCGCCGCCUCCCUGCGGGGACCAGCCCCCCGAGACCACCGGCCCCGAGCCGCCCCCGCCCCUCGUGCCGCCGUUCCCGCCGUACUUUGAAGGCGCCCCCUUCCCUCCCCCGCUCUGGCUGAGAAGCACCUACCGGCAGUGGGUCCCGCAGCCGCCGCCCCGGACCAUCAAGAGGACCCGCCGGCGCCUGUCCCGGAACCGCGACCCAGGUCGGCUCGCCCUGAGCCCCAUUCGCCUGCGGCCGCGCCAAGUACUCUGUGAGAAGUGCAAGAGCACUCUGAGCCCCCCCGAGGCCAGCCCCGGCCCCCCGGCUGCCCCUCGGCCCCGCAGGAGGGGGGGCAGCGGCCCCGGCCCCGACAGGGAGCCCCUAAAGCUGGAGGACCCUGACGGCGGCGGCGGCGGCGGCGACGCCACGGCCACGGCGAGGAGGAGCAAGAGGGAGAGGCGGGAGGAGGACGGGGCGCGGGUGGCCCGCAGCCCGGCCAUCAAGAUCUCGUACAGCACCCCGCAGGGCAAGGGCGAGGUGGUGGAGAUCCCGUCACGCGUGCACGGGUCCCUGGAGCCCUUCUGCCCGUCCCAGGCCCCCUCACGGCGCCGGCCACGACCCCCGCGGGCCCCAGCCUGCAUCCCCAAGCUGAAGCUGACGCGGCGGCCCCCCGGCCCCAGCCUGCCGCCCCCCAAGAUCCGCCUGAAGCCCCACCGCCCGGGGGCCGGGGCGCGGGAGCCCGUGUACCGGGCCGAGCUGGUGGAGGCGCUCAACGGGCGCGGGCGAGGCCCCCGGGCCGGCUCCCCGACGCUCCCAGGCCGCGGCGCUGCCGACUCGUCCUCAGGGAGCUCUGGCGAGGACGAGGACUUCAAAGGGUGUCCCCAGGGUCCAUGCGGGCCCGAGAGCCUGGCCUUCCUGGCCGCCUGCCCCAGGAGGGGCGCAGACUGUGCCAGCGAGUCCGUGUGGAGCAGCGACAGCCUGGACGAGUCCAAGUCGUCCAGCUCAGAAGUAACGUCACCAGACACCUGCGACCUUUCGUCCGGGGACGGUGCGUCCGUGCGGUCCUCGUCCAAGGACGCGAGGCCGACCGUGCCGCCCCUCACGGUCAGGCUGCACACGCAGAGCGUCUCCAAGUGCGUGACUGAGGACGGGAGGACGGUGGCCGUAGGGGACAUCGUGUGGGGUAAGAUUCACGGCUUUCCUUGGUGGCCCGCGCGCGUCCUAGACAUCAGCCUCAGCCAGAAGGAGGACGGGGAGCCCUCCUGGCAGGAAGCGAAAGUCUCGUGGUUCGGCUCCCCAACUACGUCGUUCUUGUCCACCUCAAAGCUCUCGCCUUUCUCCGAGUUUUUCAAACUGAGGUUUAACCGCAAGAAGAAGGGGAUGUACCGGAAGGCCAUCACGGAGGCCGCCAACGCCGCGCAGCACGUGGCCCCCGAGAUCAGGGAGCUGCUGACGGAGUUUGAGACGUAGGGCGCCAGCAGGUCGUCGACGAUGAGGGCACGGCCGUCCUGGAGCCUCCGACUUCGGGGGUGCCCUCCACACCCCCGUUCUGCCCGAGGGACCCCGCGUGCCUUCUGGCCGGCCUGCUUCCGGGUGCCCCAGGGAGGAGCACAGAGCCCAGGAGCACCGCGGCUCCUCCCUCCCCACAUGUCAGCUCUGGCUUGUGAAGUUCCAGGAGCCCCGCGACGACGGGCUUGCUGCGUGCCUGCACCGGGGGCCACGGAGGGGCAGGCGGGUGGGCACCCCGGGGUCUCCGUGCACUUGAGAACCAGGGGCCCCGCCUCCCUGCAUUCCUCCCAAAGUGGGGUCCCGCCGCUGCCCAGCACCGCCGACAGGGCUCCCCGUGGGGACUCCCCGGGCCACGGGCCUGCGACGGCGCCACGUGGAGCACGUUGAGACUCCGGAAGGAACGCAGCCUGGCUCCUCUCUCCUUUCUGUCACUUUAAAGACCAAAAAGACCAAAAAGAAAAUGAAAGAAACAGAAA